AUGCUUGACGAAGUGGAUACUGCAUUAGUCGUCGAAUCCACGUCGAUCGCCCCAUCUCCCUUCCCCCACCAGAGCUAGGUCUUUCCGCUUCCUCGCCUCUGAACCCAUCGAUUGUCGAAAUGACGAUUUUGCUGAAUAGUUCAUGACUGCAGAUUUUUGUUGUUGUUGUUGUUUCAGAGCUUGGGAUGCUGGUUGAUUGAGUGUUUCGGUGUGUAACGUGCUGCUCCUGUUUGCUGCAACCAGUAGUUGAUUGGUGUCGUAGCUGACUUUGGACUCUUGGACGGUGUAGCGAAAGGGUUUCAUCAAUUCGAGGUGGGGUGGAAUUUGUUAGCGGCCGAGGAGUCGGCGAGCUGUUUGCGUCGUGAUGGUUGGUUGAGCUGUGUGGUGGUGUUGUAUGGUGGAGUUUUGGUGUGGGAGUGGGGGGCUGGUGAGAGGAUUCGGAGAAGGUGAAAAUUUCUGGAUAUGGUGAGGGCCAGUAAUGCCCUGGUGGCGACGAAAUGGGUGGGGUUGUCGGCAGCUAUUUGGGUGCAAGCCUCGGCUGGAAACGCUUACAUGUUCGCGUUCUACUCUCCGACGCUCAAGUAUGUGCUUAGUUAUAACCAGGUCCAGCUGAACAACUUAGGUGUGGCGAAAGAUUUCGGUGAGAAUGUGGGUCUCCUUGCUGGCGUUCUGUGUAACAAGCUUCCCCCGUGGACGCUCUUGUGCACUGGCGCUCUCUGCGGCUUCGUGGGUUAUGGAUCUUUGUGGCUCGUCGUCAGUGGUCAGAUUGCUCCCAUACCUUACUGGCAGAUGUUCGUGCUGCAAUGCAUUGCUAGUAAUUCGGCAACGUGGUUCAAUACAGCAGUUCUCGUCACAUGCAUGCGCAACUUUCCGCACUCGCGAGGCACCGUGGUUGGCAUUCUCAAGGGUUUCGUAGGCCUUAGCGCGGCCAUCUUCGCGCAAUUCUACACAGCUCUCUUAUCAUCCGACGCUUCCCAGCUCCUGCUCUUUCUCGCAGUUGCUCCAACGGUGGUGUGUCUCGCCUCCAUGCUCUUCGUCCGGCCCGUUUCAGCGGUUCAGAAUGUUAGAAAUUCCGACGAACACAAAAAAUUUGACUUCAUCACCGCUAUGUGCAUUACGCUCGCGGGUUACCUCCUCAUCAUCACUUUUAUUGAAAGAAUGGUUGUGAUGAACGACGUCAUUCUCAUUAUGUUGACAGUUGUGAUGGUGCUCUUCUUAGCCGCUCCUUUAGCUAUCCCAGUCAAGAUCCUGUCGGGAGACUGGUUCGGCAUCACUCAAAUUACAGAAGACUCACUUCAAGAUGCCCUGGAGCCACUACUCGAGAAAGAUCCCAAGGCGAAUGCUCAACCCUCAAACCCGACAUCGAUGAGCACCGAAGGAAAAUCACCCCAAGAGGUUGCGACUUCCACACAGACUGAUUUGAGAGCCUUGGAUUAUGAGGAGAAGGGGAAGAACAUGAUAUUGCACGAACACAAUUUAGCGAAGCUUACCCAAGAGGAUGACGAUCCGGAGAUUCUUCUAGCUGUCGGAGAAGGAGCAGUGAAGAAAUCCAAGAGACGACCGAGACGAGGAGAGGAUUUCAAUCUCCGGCAGGCGCUAGUGAAGGCCGAUUUCUGGCUUCUUUUCUUUACAUUUUUUUGUGGAGUUGGAUCUGGCGUCACCGUAAUCAACAAUUUAGGCCAAAUCGGCGAAGCGCAGGGAUACUACAAUAUCAACAUCUUCAUUUCUUUGUUCAGUAUAGCGAAUUUUCUCGGGCGUCUUGGAGGAGGCUCCUUGUCUGAGCACUACGUCAGGUCUGACGCACUGCCCAGGCCAUUGUGGAUGGGAAUAGCCCAGAUCAUUCUCAUAUUUGUCCACCUGAUUUUCGCAUCUGCGUUACCUGGCACGCUCUACGUUGGCUCCAUAUUACUAGGGCUGUGCUAUGGCUUCCACUUCUCAAUCAUGGUGCCCACGGCGUCUGAGCUUUUUGGUCUCAAGCACUUCGGCAAGAUCUACAAUUGUCUCACCAUCUCCAAUCCUCUCGGUUCGUUUCUGUUUUCUGGGUUCAUAGCGGGGUACCUGUACGAUGCGGAAGCUAAGAAAGGCUCAGGGUUUGGAAGCAAUCUUAAGGAUCAGGAAACUUGCACUGGUUCCCAUUGUUUCCGACUGACAUUCUACGUCCUGGCUUGUGUUUGUAGCGUGGGUGUCAUAUUGACAGGCGUUUUAACGUACAGGAUUCGAAGUGUGUACACUUCUAUGUAUACGAAAUCUCCUCAUCCUUCCACAUCCGAUCUUCAGGCGCAAGAAUCAGUGGAAUGAGAUUUCUCUUUCUCGAAAUGCUCAUGUUUUGUUAGAGACCCAAUUUUGAUAAACCAACUACUGCACCAUGAGCGACUGAUACUAGUGUUGCAAUGGAAAAUCUUCCAUAGACACAUAGACUUGAGAAAUUUUUGCUAAGGGAGAGAAGUGUGUUACAGGAGUUUCACGUCGCAAUGGUUGGAGAAUUGAGUGCUGUGUUGGGUUAAUGCUGCUGCAAUGUGUCAUAUGAGAUGGUUUCUCUUUUUGCAGAAAUGUGGGUAUGGGUAUUUGAAAAACACAAUAACAGCUAUGUGAA